AUGCCCGUUCAAUUUCAAGGACCCGCCGGUCAGCCGCCGUUUAUCGUUCACCAGGCCGGACCUCCGUUCGUUCCCGGACCUGGCUUCCAACCCGGACUCGCAGGUCCGGGUCCGGUCCAGGUGUUGGUUCGGGGACCCGCUCCCCCACAGGGAAUGCCUGUUCCGCAACCGCAACCCCCUGCCGCCCAGAACGUCGCAGGGCAGCAGCUAGAGGUCAAACUUGCCGCCCAGCAGGGGGACAUUCAGCAGCUGCUGAUGGAGAAUCAACGGCUGGCGGCGACCCACGUGGCGCUCAGGCAGGAGCUGGCGUCUGCUCAGGGGGAGAUCCAACGGCUGAAAGGCGCAGUUGGGGAGAAGGAUCAGGUGGUCAGAGGGCUGAUGGAUACCAAGGCGAAGCUAGAAGCGGACCUGAGAGGCGCAGGUGUGUUGGAGAGUUGGUGUGUUGAUGUGUUUGUGUUUGGCAAACUGCAGUGUGUAAACACACUGAGGCAGGAGCUGCAAGCGGCAAGGCAGGAGCUUCAGGGCACUCGAGGCGAGAUCCAGGCGCUGACGUCACGCAGGCAGGCAGAGGAAGCUGCGCGGAUGGCGCAGCACCAGCAGGCGCAGCAGCAGCAGCAGCAGCUGCAGCAGGCGCAGCAGCAGAUGCAGCAGCAGCAGGCGAAGAUUCAGCAGCAGGCGGCGCAGAUAGGGCAGAUGAACCAGGACCUGAACCGCAUGCAUGCUGACGUGCAGCUGCUGCCCAAGCUGAGGCAGGAGAUCGAUGCAAUCACUCAAGAACUUUCUCUUGCCAGGCAGGCAGUGGAGUAUGAGAAGAAGGCCAACAUGGAUCUCGUGGAGCAGCGGGGAGCCAUGGAGAAAAACCUCAUUGCCUCUGCUCGCGACGUGGAGCGUCUGAAGGCGCAGAUCGCCAACCUGCCACCCAUGAUGAGCCAAGGAAGCGGCUAUUCUGGGAUGCCCUACCAGGGGGUUAGUGGAGGGUACAUGGACUAUGGCUCUCAGCUCAACCAGUUUUCAAGCUACAGCAGCCCAAUGUCCCCCCCCAAUCCCAAUGCAUCGACGGGAGCAGGAGCAGCAGCAGGCGGCGGGAUGGGAAUGGCCGGGGGAAUGGGCGGGGCAAUGGGCGGGGGGAUGGGCGGCGGGAUGGGCGGCGGAAUGGGCGGCGGGAUGGGCGGCGGCAUGACCACUCCGUACGGAAUUCGCCCACCGGUGCCGCCCACCCCAUAUGGCUCGUCCCCUGGCUCGGGGAAGGGCGGGUCUGGGGAGAUGCGAAACCAGCCGCGAUCGGGGUAUUGA